UUCUAUCUACCCAAGCCAACAUGUUCCCCACGGCCCGAUGCCUAGCUGCAAAGCCAUCCGGCUUCCUCAAACGCAGCGUUGAGGAAUUCGGCCGUCUAUCCCGAAUCGCUUGGAACAACGAAGCCCUCUCCACCCCAACCAAGCCCUACGUCCUCCUCGACUUCGAAGAUGAGUCGUCGGUCGCCAGCUGCAAGACCAUGGCCGACCGCGUCGUCGGAGGUUACAGCACCGCCAGUCUAGACUACGUCCCUGCGGACCCAGCCACGAACAGUCCAGCACAUGCGCGUUUCCAUGGAAGUAUCUCGACCAAGCUUCCCAAGAACUGGCGGGUUGAGCGGACAGGCUACGCCGCCUUCCGCAACCACGACCGCGGCUUCUGGCUCUUCGGCCGACUCUUCUGGGACGUCGAUCCGUACACCUAUCUCGCACUGCGAGUAAAAUCCGACGGCCGUCGGUACACCGUCAACAUCCAGACCGAUUCCAUCGUCGAGACCGAUAUCCACCAACACCGUCUCUACACGCGGCAUCACCGCGUGCAACCUUCCUUCUCUACCUCCGACGCGGACUCCUCGGAUCUAGCGGACCGGUUGUACCCUAAUGGUAGCAUCCCCGCUGCUUUGUCUGAUGUUCCGCCGGACAGUAUUGUCAUGGGUAGUGGUAGCUCGAGUGCUACGACCUCGGGUGGGACGGGAUGGGAGACGAUCCUGUUGCCGUUUAACUCGUUUGUGCGCACGAAUCAUGGUAUGGUGGUUGAGCCGCAGACGUCAAUUAUUCGGCAGCGGAUUAAGAGUGUGGGUAUUGGGUUGACGGAUCGGGUGGAGGGCCCGUAUGAUUUGAGGAUUCAGAAGGUUUGGGCGACGAAUGGUAUGAGUGAGGCGGAGAUUGAGGAGGAGAGGAGGAUUUGUGGGGCGGAUGCCUUGCCGGUUGAUGAAGGGGUGAUGACGGGGUGGAUGGGUGAGGUUGGGGGGAAGGGGCAGAAGGAGGUUCAGGGUCAGAGGGAGAGUGUGAAAGAGGGAGGAGAGCCUAAGGCGAAGGGGUUGAAGGGAUUGAAGGAUGAGUGGGAGGCGUAGGUGCGGAUGCAGGAAAGUAACUAACUUGAUACCAUAUCUAGAUUGUACAAAACAGUAAUAUAACCUUUCUAGUGCCU